AACCAAACCAUCCAACGUCAUCAAUCACGUGGUUUUCGUUAUUUGAUAAAGCUCUGAAACUUUUUGUAAGAAAUUGUGCAUAUUGCUUUUGAGACAUAAACACCGUCUCAUACGACCCAUUGUUUGUUAUGUAAUUAUGUUGAAUGAUCGUAUUUUGGAUGUGUUUUAAAGAGUCUGUUAGCUAAUCCGUUUGCUUUUAGUUAUUGCUAAUCCGUAGGCUAAUAGCUAGGCUACUUUUGCUUCUAGCUUUCAUUUAUGUUGCAUAGUGCAUUCUUACAGUGGCAGACCUAUUUCUUUAUCGCAUAAAAUCUGAACUUCCGUAUGAAGAUUACGUCAUUGCCUUACCCAUAAUAUAUUUUAGGCUACUGUUUGGAACCUAGGGGUCAAUCUAGGACUGUAAGCGUUCAGAUAACAGAAGAACAUGUUUUCCGUUGCAAGAAGAACGAAAAUACCCCAACAAGUUCUGGCCAGCAGCACAAUAUGCUCUCGAAUAGCAGGACACUCGCGGAAAGUUCCGGCGACACUGACGAUAAGACCCCUUUGUUCUAGAAUGGAUUUAGAGAAAGGACUGCUCUUCCGGCAAUUGUUUGAGUCGGCGAGCAGCACGUACACAUAUUUAUUGGCUGACACAGCCAACAAAGAGGCAGUUCUUAUUGACCCAGUACUAGAGACUGUUGACAGGGACCUGAAGCUCAUAGAUCAACUGGGGCUCACUCUGAAACUGGCAGUGAACACCCACUGCCAUGCAGACCACAUUACAGGAACAGGACAACUGAAAAAGAGGGUGUUUGGGCUGAAGAGUGCCAUAUCCAAGCACAGUGGUGCCACUGCUGAUAUCCUGCUGUCGGAAGGGGACAAGAUCUCCUUUGGCAAGCAUUACCUGACUGUGAGGGAGACGCCAGGACAUACAGAUGGAUGUGUUACAAUUGUGAGUGGCGAUCAGAGCAUGGCCUUCACAGGCGACACGCUCCUUAUCAGGGGAUGUGGAAGGACAGACUUCCAGCAAGGCUGCUCCAAGACCCUCUAUGAGUCUGUCCAUCAAAAGAUCUUCACGCUACCUGAACAAUGUCUUAUCUAUCCUGCACAUGACUACAAAGGUCAGACUGUAUCUACUGUUGGGGAGGAAAAGAGGUUUAACCCCCGUCUGACCAAGACCCUGAAGGAGUUUAUCCAUAUCAUGAACAAUCUGGAUCUCCCAAAGCCUGCAAAAAUAGAUAUUGCUGUUCCUGCAAACCUGAUGUGUGGACUUCAUGAAACCUAAGUCUUUCAUUGCAAGAUACAUUUUUUUAAAUAAUUUUAUUCAGAAAAGCAAUAUUUUACAUAUAAUGAGACAACAAACUUUUAAUAAUUUAUUAAUCAUUACAAUUUGUCUAUUGAAAAGAUAAUGGCAUUGGUGGGUGAAUAGACAGACAUUUUAUAUUUGUAUAAGAAUGCUCUUUUAUUGUGAUACAAAUCUCAAAUAUGGAAAUACUGGGGGAAAAGGGACCCAUAGUGUUUAAUUCAAGAAUGUUAAGAUUACUUUUAAAUGUAAAGCCUUUAUUUUACUGCAUCUACAGAGCUAUAAUUAAAGUAAAGUCAGUGUUCAGAUUGGCUUGGUCUAUUCACAGUUUAGUGUUCAUCCAUACUGAGCUUACACAAUUGAGCUUCUUCACAUGAACUUGAAAUGAUACAAGGUCCCUUUGCAAAAGCAGUUCACUCUCACAAACAUAGUAAUACGUCUAUUGUUUGCUGUGGCCUGUCUUUGCAUAAAAUGUAAAUACUCAAAUUUGCAUAAAGAAAAUCCUCUGUGCCAAGUUUCCAUUGCGGAAGUUUAAAAUCUUUCAUAAUCUAGGAUCUCUCUCUCUCUCCUCUAGUCUCUCUCUCCUCUAGUCUCUACCCCCUAGUCUAUACCCCCUUUGGGUUCUUUAAGCACAUUUAGGUUCUGCCACCCUGACUCCCCAUCUCACUUAUGCUUUGUUAACCUUUUAAUGGAUGGAAUGAACAACUAACUUAACAUAUUUGUCAAAGACGCUGGUUUUCAACUAUUUUAAGUCAUUAAAUGAUUCAGUUAUUUGUUUUUUUAAAUAUUAUUCAAUCAUUUUAAGCACUUUUUUGUAUUUGAAUUAUUAAAGGUGGUAUCAUCA